GAGACGCACAGCGUCCGACUUAGUCUCUAGUUAGCGUCAUCAUUUAAAAGUUAGUUUCAACGAAAAGCACACAUUAUCUCCGUGGCAACAUCGCCGGCGUUCAACAAAAGAAAAAUAAGGAAACAUGCCGGCACGCAACAAGGAACAAGAGAAUGAGAUUUUAACAUGGAUCGAAACCGUCCUAGGAGAAAAACUUCCACCUGGAAAUUACGAAGAUAUACUCAAAGAUGGAGUGAUCUUGUGCAAGCUUAUCAAUAAAUUGGCGCCUGGUUCAGUAAAAAAGAUUCAGACCAAAGGAACUAAUUUCCAGCUUAUGGAAAAUGUUCAGAGAUUCCAAGCAGCCAUUAAAGAAUACGGUGUCCCGCAAGAGGAAAUCUUCCAAACAGCUGAUCUAUUCGAAAAGCGCAAUAUUCCACAGGUUACAUUGUGCCUUUAUGCUUUGGGCAGGAUAACACAAAAACAUCCUGAAUAUACAGGUCCACGUUUAGGACCAAAAAUGGCCGAAGAAAACAAAAGAUUGUUCACAGAAGAUCAACUUCGAGCAAGCGAGGGCCAUCUCAAUUUACAAAUGGGAUACAACAAAGGAGCUAGUCAAGCUGGCCACGGUGGAUUUGGCAAUACUCGACAUAUGUAAAUUUUCUACAAUACGUAAAAAAUACAUAAUAAAAUACUUAUAAAACAUAAAAA